AUGGGUAGUCCAAUUGGGGUGCGAGUCAAGCAAUGCGGUGGGGAGGUUUGGGGAUGGGGUCGACGGCGGGUUAGGGGUGAGAUUGAGAGUCUGAAGCGCUGCCAACUUCGUAUGGCAGACUUGAGGGAUCUUGGGGAUGAGAGGAGUGUAAGGGAGUUUGGGGAGGUUCAAAACCAGUAUCUUAAUCUGGUUAAGGGUCAGAGUGAUCGGUGGAGGCAGAGAGCAAAGGAAUUGUGGUAUGUUGGGGGUGACAAGGAGGGAGAUGGUCGGCCGGUGUUAGCUUGCUUGAAUAAUCGUAUCUCUGCUGAUCAAAAUUUGUUAUUGUUAGCACCUAUUACUCCGGAGGAGAGUGCGUUUAUUCCGGGUAGAUCUAUUGUAGAUAAUGUCUUAAUUGCGUAUGAGUCUUUUCAUGCUAUGCAUCGUUUGAAAAAGGGGAGAAGAGGGUUUGGGGCAUUAAAGGUGGAUAUGAGUAAGGCUUAUGACCGGGUAGAAUGGGGUUUCCUUGAAAAUGUUAUGAGCAAACUGGGGUUUAGUAGUCGGUGGGUGAGUCUGAUGAGGGAGUGUGUGUAUACUGUUCACUACCGGGUUUUGGUGGAAGGGAAGGAGUGGGGUCCUAUUCAUCCUUCUAGAGGUCUACGGCAAGGUGAUGCUCUGUCACCUUGUUUGUUUAUUCUUAUAGCCGAAAGUUUGAGUGCGGUGUUGCGGACGCAGGAGGAGGAUGGGGCUCUGCAUGGGAUUAGUGUGGCGAGAGGGGCUCCAAAUAUUUCCCAUUUAUUCUUUGCCGACGACUGUUUAUUUUUCUUUAGGGCAAAUAACCUUGAGGCGGGUGUUAUUAAAGCAGUCUUGGAUGAGUACGGGGUUGCUAGUGGGCAGCAAGUUAAUCUCAGGAAGUCUAAUAUUGUGUUUGGUAAUAAUGUUGAGAGGGAUGAUAAGGAGGCUGUUUGUGAGGUUUUGGGCAUUCGCGAACAGCAGGGUAGGGGAAAGUAUUUGGGUUUGCCGGGGUAUGUGGGGAGGAGAAAGAGGGAGAUUUUGGGUUUUGUGAAGGAUAAGGUUCGGGCUAGGAUUCAUCACUGGGGUAACAGGUUUCUAUCUCGGGCUGGGCGUGAGGUGCUCCUUAAGACUGUCCUUCAGAGUCUUCCUAAUUAUGCUAUGAAUGUUUUCCGUUUACCAAUAGGCUUGUGUGACGAAAUUGAGAAACUUAUGAAUGCUUUUUGGUGGGGUUGUGAGGGUUGA